AUGCUCUCAAUACUUCCAAAAAGUAAAUUAAAUGUCAACGUCAACAUUAAUAUUUUCAAUCUAGAAAUUUUAGCUCUAAUAUUGGCAAUUGCAUUUCAAGAAUUCACUGUUACUAAAAGUUCUAGUUUUCUAACAAAAAUACGUUCGAUAAUUAGAUCACCAUUUCAACCGAUUUUUCCUGGAACAUUGUGGUGUGGCGCUGGUUCUCUUGCCGAGAGUGAUGAUGAUUUGGGUCUAUUUCAAUAUACUGACGCUUGCUGCCGAGAACACGACAAAUGUCCUUUAAAUCUUGCUUCCGGUGAAUCAAUAUCAAAUAUCCGCAACAUUGCAUCAGUCACUCUCUCACAUUGCGACUGCGAGGAAAGAUUUUAUAAUUGUUUAAAAAGCGUGUCAAGUUUGAUAUCAUAUAAAAUAGGCAAGAAGUAUUUCAAUUUUCUAGCGAUGCCCUGCUUUACAUAUGACUAUCCUGUCAUAAGAUGCGUCCAAUAUGAAGGCUUUCUGAUAGAAAAAUGUAUCGAGUAUGAAGUUGAUUUUUCGGCACCUCAAACGUGGCAGUGGAGAGAAAGUAGAAGAUAUUGAAUGAAGCUUCCAGAAUUGCAUGCCUCGAGCUUUUAAUUUUCCAUUAACCCAAUUAGAAAGAGGUUUAGGUGUCACGAACGUCAGGUUAUCAAUAACUAAUUAAACUUCAACUAAUAAUAGUCUUCUUACUCAACAGAUAUUAUAAAUACUUUCAACUUAAAAACUGUACAUAUCAAUCAACAAUUAAAAAACUCAUUAUAGUCUAUAAAUAUCUUCAUUUAUUUGUUAUAUAUCUUUACAUAAAAAUAUAUACUUAUUUCAUUUUCUUCUGAU